CUGCUACACGGUGCGGCCAGCACCACCCGACUGUCUUGUGUGGUGCGCUCGCAGCAGCUGCUCGGACCUUAAUUCUUUUGCGUGCGGCGGCUUACCAACUCCGUGUCAAACGGGUGUCUAGAACGCUGCGAGACAUCGUUCGGGAAACUCCUGAGAAUCCCACGUCCAGAGGGAAAAUGGCGGAGCGUAAAGGCACCUUCAAGGUGCGGGAGCUGCAACGGAUGGAACUCGAGGUUCAGAAGAUUUGGGAAGAACAGAAGAUUUUCGAAGAAGAUGCCCCGGGUCCCAAGGAUCCGAAGCCGCCCAAGUUCUUCGUCACGUUUCCCUACCCGUAUGCGAAUGGCAGACUUCACCUCGGGCACACUUUCACCCUCGGUAAAUGCGAGUUUGCCGUCGGUUAUCAAAGACUCAAGGGGAAGAAGUGUCUGUAUCCGUUCGGAUUCCAUUGCACAGGCAUGCCAAUCAAGGCAUGUGCCGACAAGUUGGCCCGAGAAAUCGAAAUGUUCGGGAACCCACCGGAUUUCCCUGAGGUCGACGAAGACGCAGCUCUAGGAGACGCCCCGCAAGUUAAGUCCAUCGAGGACCAGCUCAAGUCGAAGGCGAAAGGUAAGAAGAGUAAGGCCGUAGCCAAGGCUGGCACGGCAAAGUAUCAAUGGCAGAUAAUGCAGAGCAUCGGAGUACCAGACGAAGAAAUCGCGAAGUUCGCGGACGCCAAACACUGGCUCGGUUAUUUCCCUCCGGCGGUUCAGAGCGAUCUCAGGAGAUUGGGGCUCCGUGUGGAUUGGAGGCGAUCAAUGAUCACGACCGAUGCCAACCCGUACUACGACUCGUUCGUCCGAUGGCAAUUCAUCAGACUGAAGGAGAAGAAUCGAAUCAAGUUCGGAAAAAGGUACACCAUAUUUUCGCCGAAGACAAAUCAACCGUGCAUGGACCAUGAUCGUCAAAGUGGUGAAGGUGUCGGACCUCAGGAGUACACCCUCGUGAAAAUGAAAGUCCAGAAGCCAUAUCCGAAAUCAUUGAAGAAGCUCGAGGGACGUGACGUGUUCCUCGUUGCUGCCACUCUCAGGCCCGAAACGAUGUAUGGACAAACUAAUUGCUGGAUCUCACCCGAAAUUGAGUAUGUAGCUCAUGAACUACAGAACGGCGAAGUUUUCGUCUCGACACAUCGUGCCGCUCACAAUAUGAGCUACCAAGGCUUCUGCAAACUCAACGGUCAGGUUGACGUCUUGUUGAAAAUUAGAGGCACCGAUCUGAUGGGUGUCGCCCUAACGGCUCCUCUCACGUCGUACAAAACAAUCUACACCUUGCCCAUGCUCACCAUCAAAGACGAUAAGGGAACGGGUGUCGUCACCAGCGUCCCGAGCGAUUCGCCGGACGAUUUCGCCGCUUUGAGAGAUCUCAAAAACAAGGCGCCUCUGAGAGAGAAAUACGGUAUCAGAGACGAGAUGGUCCUUCCUUUCGAACCGAUCCCCAUCAUCGAAGUGCCAGGCUUCGGAAAUCUUUCGGCAGUCAAGGCUUGCGAGGAUUUGAAAAUCCAGAGUCAAAACGACCGUGAAAAACUCGAAGAAGCCAAGGCGAUGGUUUACCUCAAAGGAUUUUACGAUGGAGUUCUCUUGGUCGGGGAUCAUAAAGGCAGCAAGAUCCAGGACGUGAAGAAAGAUAUCCAGGCCUUCCUUGUCGACAGCAAGCAGGCUGUGAACUAUAAGGAGCCCGAGAAGAAAGUUGUUGCGCGAUCCGGCGAGGAGUGCGUCGUGGCGCUCUGUGAUCAAUGGUAUUUGGACUACGGCGACAAGUCGUGGAAGGAACUAGCGAAGAAGAACCUCGCAAUGGCGGAAUGCUUCUCCGACGAAGUUCGCAAGAAUUUCGAGGCCUCGUUCGAUUGGCUGCAGGAACACGCAUGUUCCCGAACAUAUGGCCUGGGAACGAAUCUUCCCUGGGACGAGAGCUGGCUCAUCGAAUCCUUAUCGGACUCGACGAUCUACAUGGCUUAUUAUACGGUGUGUCAUCUGCUCCAAGGAGGCGAUAUGACAGGUCGACAAGGGAAAAGCCCGCUGGGCAUCAAGGCCAGUGACAUGACGUUGGAGGUUUGGGAUUAUAUAUUCUUCAAGAAGGCGCCCUUCCCGAAAUCGACAAAAAUUCCGAAGAGAUCCCUGGAGAAGCUCAAGCAGGAGUUCGAAUAUUGGUAUCCUUUGGACGUCCGAGUGUCGGGGAAGGAUCUCGUCCCGAACCAUCUGACCUACGCCAUGUUCAACCAUACGGCGAUGUGGGACGAAGAACCCGACAAGUGGAUCCGAGGUAUCCGAGCGAAUGGACUCUUGCUCCUGAAUAGCGAGAAGAUGUCGAAGUCCACGGGGAACUUCAUGACACUCAUGGAAUCUAUCGAGAAGUUCAGUGCGGACGGGACGCGAUUCACUCUCGCGGACGCCGGCGACAGUAUCGAGGACGCCAACUUCGUCGAAAGCACCGCGGACGCGGGAAUCCUCCGUUUGUUCACGUUCGUCGAAUGGGUCAAAGAAAUGUUGAAAACGAAAGACGAGCUGAGAACGGGCCCUCGGAACACGUUCGCCGACAAGGCAUUCGACAAUCGCAUGAAUUUCCUCGUCACGGAGAGUGCCAAGAGCUACGAAACCUUUUUGUUCAAAGAAGCUCUCAAAAGUGGAUUCUUCGAAUUCCAAGCCGCUCGGGACGAUUAUCGCGAGCUUUGCUUACUGAACGGUAUGCACAGAGACCUGGUGAUGAAGUUCAUCGAGACUCAGCUGAUCGUUCUAUCCCCCAUAUGUCCUCACGUAGCGGACUAUGUCUGGAUGAUGCUCCUGGGUAAGAAAGAGAGCAUCAUGCGCGCGACUUGGCCGAGGACCGAACAAGUUGACGAGACCCUCUUGAAGUCAUUGGAGUACCUCCGAGACACCAGCCAUGAGUUCCGAGUUAGGCUGAAAACCUACAUAGCGAGUCUCUCGAAAAGCGACAAGAAAAAUCGGCAACCCCCGAACACCGCCAAUUUGCCGAAGCUUCUAGUGGCUACAAUCUAUGUCGCUAGGAGCUAUCCCCAGUGGCAGAGCAUAAUCCUCUCAACGAUGAGCGACCUCCACCAACGACACCGAGGCCUCCCUACGAAUAAAGUCAUUUCUGAAAACCUCACCAACAAACCCGAGUUGAAGAAAUACAUGAAGAAAGUUAUGCCCUUCGCCCAAAUGAUGCGAGAGAAGGUCGACAAGCUGGGAGCUCAAGCGCUGAAGCAGAGUGUUGAUUUCAACGAAAUCGACAUCCUCACGGAGAACUCCGCGUACCUCUCCAACACAUUGGACGUCGUGGGGCUGACCAUUAGAUACAACGACGGGGCUGACGAGAAAAUCAAAGAAGAGUGCUGUCCGGGUGCUCCUCAUAUUGUGUUCCAGCCGGCUAGCUUCGUCACUCUGAAAGCCGUCUGCCCCCAAGCGCACAACGGGCUCUUCGGGGUGAGCAUCCCUCUAGUUGCCGGUGAUACUAUCACGAGCCUCGAAGAUAAAAUUCGGAAAACAAGUCGCCUGAUCAAAGAGGGUCACAAGAUAAAUUUGUAUCGCUUCGAUGAUCCGCUCAUGGGACCGAGAAGAAUUCCUGUCCUCGGUAAGUUACUCGACGGAAAAACCCUGAUUCCCGAGAGUGCAUCGUUGACCGUGGACGUCGAUAACGAGAAUAUCACCGUCACGGAUAACGGGAGGACGUUCGAUCUUGGGGGGCGAAUUCUGUACAUGGUUGAGGAAUAAAGAAUCGCGCGCGAUUUUCUCUCUCAGUGA